AUGACAAAGAAGACGUACAGAAAGAUCGCCAGCUCUGCACACUCGGAAAACAUAAGCUUUUUUUCUUCUCUUUUUUUUCAAUGGAUGAACAUUUUGAUGAAGACAGGGAGUGAAAGAGCUGUUGAUGAAAAUGAUCUUUUACCGCUUAAAGAAGAAACCACUUCUUGGUUUUUGACGAAGAAACUUCAGGCAAAAUGGACCGAAGAAACAGCUGAUAGUCAAAUAUAUGGUGUUAAACCAAAACUUUGGAAAAGCAUAUUGAAGAUGUUAACUGCGAAGGAAAAAAUGAUCAUCAUCUCAGCUAUGAGUGUCGAGACACUUUGUCAUAUUCUUCAGCCACUGCUUCUUGGACAUCUUGUGAAAUCCCUGCUGACAGAAGAGCUACACAAUAUGUAUCUUCUCUAUAGCAGUGCCAUCGCACUAGGGAUAAAUGGAGUGAUCUCUUCUGUUGCCAUGCACCACGCUAACUACCAGUGUGAGCUGUUGGGUAUCAAAAUAAGCAGCGCCCUUAAAGGAUUAGUUUAUAUGAAGGUAAUGAACAAAAAUGUCAGAGACGGCCAGAUGUGUCCACACUGAUGAGGAGGUGGGCUUAAACCUUUUAGCCAGUCCAGCUAACUCAACUGGCUUGGGCCAAAAUAGAGCCUAAGGCAGUGUUCACACCUGGUGCCCGGGCACAGUGCCUGAGUUUUCUACUCGCUUGGCACUGUGUGCACACCCUUUUUUAAGAACUUACGCCAAAACUCGGGCACCGUGCCUGUGCCCGAGUACAACGCUACUCGGGCACUCAAGAGGGCUCUGGUUCCCUUUGUGCACACCGUAUGGCGCUUGACAGGACGAAAGGAACUUUAUACGCAGAAGAAAAUUAUUGAUUGAGCGAGAAAACACUCAAGGUUGUUCUUGGCCAGUGUCAAAUAAGUUUACAAAUCUAUGAUCGAGGGCACAAUUAUGUUCAUACCCAAACGGGACAUUUAAGUACAGCUUAACGUACUAAAUUUUCCUUUUUUGUGGAAUAGGGAAAAACAGGCCAUUUCCGAUUUGCGCCAAGAUGUUAUGGCUAGAUAUUCCAGAGCACUUAUCUGUCAAUUUGGAAUCUAUACAAAAACAAGCCCUUACGAUUACUUUCCCAGACUCUGACCUUCUCUGGUCUUGAGAGUCUUGAGAAAAGACGACUUUCUAUAAGUCGCAGGUUCAUCUCGGCAUGGAAGUUACGCACUUGUAAUGAAGUUAUUAGUGUACCACAUGAUCCUAGAUCUGGCCAUGAAAAGUCUUUCUGUCCUUACAUUAGAAUCAAAAAAGAGAAUGAUUUUAUUACCUUUAAAUUUUUAGACUAGUUUCAUAACCUUUUGUAUGUUAUAGUAUCCUGAUUAUUAAUUUUACAACUUGGCAAUUCAGGUGUAUUUUACUGCAAAGAGUGGAAUAAACGAUGUUCAUUUAUGAUUUACAAGUAUCUGUUUACAGGCAAUGAUAAGUGCAGAGCCAUGGAUAUGAAAAUCACUUUAAUUUGAUUCUCAUGCAAAUAGAACUCAUUUUCAGAGGAAACGAUUUGAGCUUGGCCUCGUUUUGACAAUGAGAGUUUCUGGAACUCGGAAGUGGUCUAUAAAUAGGUAGAGUUAUUUCAAAUGUAAUUUUUCAUCAGUCUUCGGUAAUUGACAACCCCCAUACGCUGUGACAACGUUAAUAGUGACAAAGCUAUUCCCUUAAGCAAUAACCUUAUUUGCAAAGAUAACUUACGAACUUUAUUUUCUUGUUGCAGACGCUUCUUCUCAGCAAGGAUUCAUUGCUGAGACUUUCAUCAGGUCGAGUUAUUGAUCUCGUAUCAAACGAUGUCCAGCGAAUAGAGAGUGAUACUUUCGUGUGUUUUUAUGCUGGAGCUCGAGGCAUCAUAGAGCUUUUAAUAGUUACCUUUUUACUGGUCUGUUUUGUUGGAUGGCAGGCUCUAAUGGGAAUUUUUUUACUGUGUAUUGUUCUGCCAUGUUACCUUCUUUUCGCCUAUGCUGGGGCUAUACUGCGCCUGCGUACAGCCGCAGUUUCUGAUCGCCGCAUCACGAUGAUCGGCCAGGUUGUUUCUGGAAUCCGCGCCAUCAAAACAAAUGCAUGGGAAGAUGAAUAUAGAGAAAAGAUAAAGAAAGUGCGAAGGUAAGGAAAACUUUAACAUUGCAUAAAUACAAAAAAGGUUCUGAGUAAGCAAUAAUUUUUUGCCAUAUCCACAAGCAAUUGAUUUUAAACUCACACUUCUCCUGGUUUGAAGCAAUUAAUAAAAAGAAACCUAAGUAUAAAAUUUAAUAAACUUAAUUUCAUGAAAAUGGAAAGGAAAUUUCAGUUUGGUUUAUUUAGCUCAUUCCCAGUUCGUCUCAGACCUAACCGACCAAGCUUGGCAGUGCUUACUUGCUUAAAAAGGGAGGCGAAGUUUCAAAACUUCAAAAGAUCGCAGCUCAGCUCAGAGAGCACUUUGGUGUGGUCUUGGGUUAAGCGAAAGAGACAAAUUCCCUCGUCUUUUGGCGAAUUGACCCAUGAUCGUUGAUGUUUACGCUCUCAAGUGACAAGGUUGACAGUUGUGGUUGAAAAAAGGAGGCGCAGCCGUGCCUUUAUUUGGCUGUCCUCAAAGAGUCUAAAUAGAAACUGGAUGUCUCGUAAUUUACAAGCCUUUCUCGUGUUCUCUUAGCAUCCCACGUGGGUUAUCACGGCGGUAAAACCCAUAGAAAGUGGGAUCUGCCCUCCUAAAUAACCAAUAAUAAUCACCAAUAGUUCUUAGAAAAAUCCAAGGUUAAAUUCAUUGUCAAAGAUAUCGCCGGUGCUUUUUAGUAUCGGAUAAAUCCUCCCUGAUAGCAGUAAAUACCAAUACAGUUAAUAACAAAUAAAGGGAUUUUAUUUCCAAGUUAAUAUAAGUAUCAUAUGAGAGCGCCCUACACCAUUGUAUCUUUUAACAAGAAUAUAACCUUUCUAAGUUCGUUUAAUUAUCAUUACUGAAACAUUCCUUGUAUUGUAUUUAUAGUGACGAAAUCGAUUUGACCACUAAGAAGAGUACCUUUAUGUCUAGCAUUGCUGCUCUCGAAUACAUUUUAACACCAAUGGCAACCCUGGUGACUGUCAUUACUCUUAUACUAACUGGUAAGCCUGUGACACCAGUUAACGUCUUCACGUUCCUCUCUUUUAUCAAUGUUUUGAGUGGGGGCUUCUGUGCGAGCCUUUCCUAUGCUUCCACCCAAGCCUACGACGCUUAUGUAUCACUGAGCAGAAUACAAGACUUUCUUCUUUUAAACAAUCUUGAUUCAACGAAAACCACGAUAAAUCCGCCAGAAGGAACAGAAGCAUCGUGUUUUUCUAACAACUCGACAGAAAGUCAGCAAGAAACUAUUUUACGGGUCAGAAAUUUCAAUCAGCAACAGCAACAAAAUGAAUCAGAAGAAUCGUCUUUGGAAUUUAUUGAUUUCACCGCUGAAAAAGGAAGUUUAACAGUCAUAACUGGACCAGUGGGCAGUGGCAAAUCUACUCUUCUGUCAGCAAUUGCUGGGGAAGUACCAGACCAAAACGGGGCCAUAACCUUCAAAGGAACUGCUGUUUAUGUGCCGCAGAUUGCUUGGAUAUUCUCUGGAACUAUUAGAGAAAACAUUUUGUUUGGCGAACAGUACGAGGAGGACAAGUACAACAGGGUCAUUGAAGCAUGUGCUUUGACUCAAGACAUCGAAAAGUUUCCAGACUGUGACCAAACGAUUGUUGGAGAACGUGGCGUGGUGCUUAGUGGUGGCCAGCGGGCAAGAGUAAGCUUAGCACGCGCAGUCUACGCCGAAGGAGAGCUUUACUUGUUGGAUGAUCCCUUAAGUGCUGUGGACUAUAAAGUUGCCGAUCACAUUUUUAGGGAAUGCAUUAAAGGCUUGCUUGGAAAGAAAACUCGGUUAAUAACGUCUCAUCAAGAACGAAUCAUGCGUGACGCCGACAACGUAAUUGUAUUAUUUAAAGGCCGAGUAUUGAGCCAGGGAAAUUUCACUGAGCUAAAUGAAAGUGGUAGCCUGAAUAAAACUGUCGAUUCAAUUUACGAAAAGGCAAACAAAUCGGAUAUUAGCGUUGGUGAGGACGAUAAAGACGAAGAAGAAAUUUCUGACAUGAGUGGUAUACCUGUGCCCAAUGAAGUGCAGGGUCUCCACUUGUCAGAGGAAGAUCGCGCCAUUGGAGUGGUGUCAUCAGGACUUUACUGGAACUACUUUAGAAGCGGAGUUCCCUUGCUGGUAAUCAUCGCAGGAAUUUGCUUAUGUUUAAUAAGUCAAGGUACUGUGCCUUAAGAUAAUAAUAACUGAACCUUACCACCACACAUUUUUUAUUCCGGGGAGAGUGCGGUCGACUGAAUCCGUAUCGUAUUUCGCAAAAUAUUUCCUUAUCAACGAGAAAAUAAGUUAAUUAAAUUCGCCCUUUGCAGAAACUCUUGGAAAACAGAAUAAAUGUUCGCAACUGGUGCCAAAUUACUGAAAAAAUAAGGGAUAUAUGGCCUUUUAACAAAAACGCUGGAUUGCAUCUUUAAUUGCUGAUUAUUUCUGAAUUGUACGACGAGAAUACCAUUCACAUAUUAGUGAGUAAAUAAGAAAAUUUGGCAGAGCAACCUGAAACGCCUUAACCUAACUGCAUAUGAUUGGAUCUGCUUAUAAAUCAAUUUGUUGUAUUGAAAAACUAGUGACUGACUAAUUUUUGUUGCUGCUUCAUUUUUUGUUUCUUUUGUUUUGUGUUUUGUUUGUUCGUUUGAGUGCUUGUCAGUUUUUUGUUGUUGUUGUAAAGUAUUUGUGGAAAAGAUCGUCUUUAAACUUGAAUUGAUUUAAUACGUUCAUGUUUUAUUUAGAAGCUGUAGCUGGGCAUUCUGCUCACUAAAUAGCCUUCUUCCACUUAUGUCCAGGAUUGAACACAAUCUCGAGUUUUCAGGUCUUGGUUUACAUUAGUUAGCAUGGACUUUAACUUAAAUCACUUUGGCUAGCCUAGUGAAAUUUGCUCUUUAUUAUUUCUCGGUUCUUCAUCCAUUCGAUCUGACCAGUCAGAUUUGGUUUAUUGGGAGCUAAUCAGAUUCGAGUACUGUAUUUCUUUUUAAUUGUUACUUUUCCAUUGCAUAUAAAAGUAAUGAGAGCUACUAUCUAUCUUCUAAUGAAAGGUUUCUGCAACUGCGUAUUUGAAUAGCCCUCUACUGGAAAGUUCAAAUGCAAGGCAGCUAUCAGUGUGUUCUUCACAAGAAUUCUGCCUGUUACCAGGAAUGAUUAUGUUGAGCUGUAAGGAUAAGGACAAAUGAAAAAAACAUGACUGGUCACUGGAGAAAGGCUGUCAGAGUCUGAUGAAAAUAAACUUCAUUCAUUCAUUCGUUCGUUCAUUCAUUCUUUUAUUUUUGCCAUUAAUCACAUACAAAUACAGCAACAAUAUAUAGAAAUUUAUAAUACAUUUAAGAUAUAAUUAUGCGCUCUUCUAACUAAAUUAUUUACAAAAUUAAAUGUUUAAAGUGGUUGCGACAAGGAAUCCUAUAUAGAAGCCGGGGGCUUAUAAACUAUUUAAAAUACGCUUCCUGGGCUAUGGAGUAAACCAUGCAAGUUAAGGGUACUGAAUGAAGAUUUGGACUAAGUUUUAAAAGUAAAGAAAAAAAAAGAAAAAAUAAAAGGUAUGAAGCUCGGCAAAGAGUAUAUUCGACUAAGAAGGAAGGAAGUCUUUUGCCAAACAAACUGAUACUUUCACCGUUUCGAAUCUCACGACUUAGCGAGUUGAAAAACUUAGGACCUUGAAACCGAAUUGAGAAUUUUCGAAAAUCAGUUCGACAAUGACGUAUAUGGAAAACCCUGGAAUUUCUUGUAUUAUGCGAAUGUAUCUGCCUUGCAAGAGUAAACAUAUCACGAAAAUAAUUAGGAAGUAAACCGUCUUUUAGAAAGAUACAUAAAUUUACAUAUUUGCUAUAAAUAAAUGUCCGAGAAUUUUAAAAAUCUUCUGCUCCUAAAAAAGAACACCAGUGUGAGAAUCAAAAGAAACUAUAUAUUUUGUUCUGAUUAUCUUUUUUUGCAGAAUAAUAAUCCGACUUAAAUUAGACCGAUAUGUCGAUCCCCACACUGAAACACAAUAUAUUAAGUAAGGGUAAACUAGACUAUAGUACAAAGAGCGUAAGGAAGUUUUGGGAAGGCAAAAACUUGACUUAUAAGUAAUACCUAUAGAUUUUGAUGUUUUUCCAGAAGCGCUAAGAAUGUGAGGCUUCCAUGACAAAUGCUCAUCGAGGAUAAUACCUAAAGAUACUGUUUCUUUCAGACGUUCAAUAACAUUGUUGUCAAUUUGAAUAGAUCAAGUGUUUGCCUCAUUUGGCGUGGCCUAAAAACCAUAAGAUUCGUUUUUUUAAAGUUAAUGGGCAGCUUAUUUGCUCGACACCAUUGUGUUAAUUUAAGCAUUUCAGAAUUCAAGAUUUCAGGACGUAAAUCAAAAUCUUUGUGGGGAAAAUUAUGUUUGCGUCAUGAGCAAAAGGAAUAAAGUCCACCACCUUUGACACAUUGCACAGAUCAUUUAUAAAGAGCAGAAAGAGCAGGGUGCCUAGUAUAGAGCCCUGAGGUACCCCGCACUUUAUUUCGCAAGUCUCUUAACUGAUACCAAUAAAUUCCACAUAUUGUUCUCUAUUGCUUAGAUAGCUUUUUAACUAUCUAUUAAGUGCAGUGACUAGAACACCAUAAUGCUCUAAUUUGAAGUUAAAAUGUUAUGUAUUCCUUAUUUUCAUUAACGGAAGAGAUUUUGUCAUAUAAACAAGCAAGAGCAUAAACAGUGGAGUGAUGCUUGCAAAAACCAUACUGAUUGUCAGAGAUUGUUAUGAUUAUUAAGAAACUUUAAAAGACCAUUGUACAUUACUCUCUGUAGAAUUUUAGAGAAUGCUGGUAAAAAAGACACUGGUCUUUCUGGCCUUUUUAUUUGUAAUUUUAAAAAAUUAGAAAAACUGAGACCAUGUUCAAACAUUAAACUUCAUGUAGGAUUAGAAAACACGCGAAAGCGGUCGGUCGUUUUGUUUUACUUUGAUGGAGAAUCAAAUACAACCAGCAUAUAAAAAGCCACAACAUACCAUCUUUGUUUCAAGGUCGCAAAUUAAUGCCAGUCUUCUUCAGAGACACCCAAAAAUGUAUGACUCCAUUUGUAUGACUCCAUUCGUUUCUGACCAUUAUUUUUCUUAUAUUUCUUUUAGCAAUGCUUGUUUCCUGCGAUGUGUGGCUAUCGCUUAUGACAAGGACAAACCCCAAGGAUCAAAACAACGAGACAAACCUUAUCGUCUAUGGCUCUCUUGUUGGGGCAUCAUUCAUAUUUCUCAUCAUUCGAGCAUUUAGCUUCUAUCUGGUAUCUUUACGAUGUUCUGAACGUCUUCAUGAUAAAAUGGUUGCGGCUGUUCUACAGGCACCAGUCGUAUUCUUCGAUUCAAAUCCUGUGGGAAGAAUUAUGAAUCGGUUCUCUAAAGAUAUAAGUUGCAUGGAUGAUGUACUACCUAAAACGUUUCUGAGAGCAAUCCAAAGGACCUUGCUGAUGUUCACCUCAAUACUUCUACCAACCGUCAUAAACCCUUGGCUUCUGUUUGCUCUUACGCCAAUAGCUGUGUUAGCGGGAGUUAUUUCAAGAUAUUACUUAAAGACAUCAAGGGAGCUGCAAAGGCUGGAGUCAGUUAGUCGUAGUCCAGUCUUUUCUCACUUUUCAGAGACACUGGAUGGACUGGACACAAUUCGGACGAGAAAAAAAGAAAAAGAUUUCCUGGAUGAAUUUUGCAGGUACUUUACUCAUUGUUUUUUGUCUUUGUUGUUGAAUAAUUUGAUAUUUGUAACCUGAAUAGCUCAAGUUUGAAAUGAGUAACUCCUGGAUUAAGUAGUCAAUCAAUUAGGUACCCAGGAAGCUAGUCAAUUUGUAAAACGAUCGCCGUGUGAUUUCAUCGGGGUGAUUGAUGUGUUGCUGCCAUUAGGUCUCAGUUAUCUUAACUAGAUUGUUUUGGUAACGUUUAACUGGGACGUUCACCUGGGAUUUGGACAUGCUAGCUCUCCAGAUUAUGACGCCUUUUUACAUUCUUCUUUUAUCAUAUGACAAGGCGUCUUAACGGAAAAGAUUCUUUUUUCAAAGAGUAUUCGAAUGUGAAAGAUUUGACAGCGAAAUCGAAGUUACAAAACUAAAUCGUGCAUUAUUAUUGUUCCUUUUAGUUAUCAAGAUCUUCAUACUAAGUCAUACAUUAUGGUUUUUGCCAGCCAGCGCUGGCUUGGUGUACGCUUGGAUUGUCUCUCCGCUCUUUUGACUGCUGCAACGGCUCUUGCUUCAGUUAUUGUAUCACAGGAUGCUGGUAAUUAUACUUGCAUAUGUAAUCAACAAAUUAAUCCAUGUUUAUAUGAGCUGCUAAAUUUCUUAGAACACAUGAAUCUCCCAGUAAGGCUUUUACUUCUUGUACAAAUCUAAAAAUUUGUUUACCGACAUAGAAAGACUAUGUUGACAAUGGGGCCUUUUCUUAUUUGUGUUAAGUUAUAAAAUUAUCGUGUUCUACUACUGCUGCCUCAAAAUAAAAUACAACUGCUGCUUUUUCAAAGCUAUAAUUUGCUUAUUUGUCUUUUGGUUUAUGAUAACAUAAUGGAACUAACAGGUCAAGUUUUCUCAGUGUUUUCACUGCUUCAAUGUUUAUGAAAAAGCUACUUCUGGUAAAAUAGCUCUUGGCAGCUACUGAAUAAUACAUGUGGGUCGACAUUCUCUUCUUGAAAUGCAACUAGUCCCUUCGGUACCCCUAGUGAAAUCUGAUAUAUAGCAAUUUUAGGUUGCUAAAAAUAGAUAAUUUCUUGCUACGCCGGGUCCCUUGGAUUCAGCGGUCAGUUCUUAAAAUUACUAAGAGGAAACCAACCACCGUACUAGGGGUGUGAUAAAGCUUUGCACCUCGCUUUCCCGGUUCGCCACGUAGUGCUUGUAUCAGGAAGAAAACCUCCUGGCGCCCAGGGUAGCGAGGGACAGGUGCCCAGAAAAAUCCUCUUGCUAAAAAAGGGGGAUGGAAAUUGCACCCACCCCUAGCCUCACCUUAGCCCUCUUAGGGAUAAGUUCUCGGGAAUGCUUUUUUGGAACGCCAGGCAGACGUUCUAGGCAGAACAAAAUCCGGUCGAUUGUUCCGUACUAACAAUUGGGCAAAAGAUUGUUACUUGUCCUGAACAGGAUAGCAUUUCCGACCAGGGGCCCGUUUCUCGAAUGUCCCGAUAGAUUUUCGGGACCGGAAAGCUGUUUUAUCUUGGCCGUGUUUGCAUUCAAGUUCAAAGUUUCAAUAACUAUGAAAAUGAUGCAAUGAAACUAUCAGUUAAAGAAGCAAAAUUGAUUGGUUUGUGAGCUAGGAACUGUUACUAUUCAACUGGUUUAUAUUUUAAAAUUUGCCUUCCAGCCCGAAAAGUUUGCGGGCCUUUCGAGAAACAGGCCCCGGCCAGGACAUAAUAACCGAAAAAUUUACCUUAUGGUUGAUGAACCAUAGCUUAAUAAACGUAUUCACCUGGUUUUCUUUUUAGCUUUCACCGGUCUGGCAUUGGUUUAUGUAGUUCAAAGUGUGGUUUGGACUCAGUACGCAGUUAAGAAAUCAGUUGAAGUCGAAACUCUGAUGACAUCAGUUGAGCGAGUAAUGACGUACACCGAGCUUGAACCUGAACCUGGAUACAAAGUGGAACGAAAACCUCCGGGAAUCUGGCCACAUGAGGGUAAUAUCGUGCUCAAAGACGUAUGCCUGACCUACUAUCCGGGGGGUCCUCAAAGUUUAAAGAAUAUUACACUUAACAUCAACGGUGGAACUAAGAUCGGCAUUGCAGGUCGGACGGGCGCAGGGAAAUCUUCCUUCGUGGCGGCACUAAUGCGCAUGCCUGAACCUGGUGGAGACGUAUUUAUUGACAAUGUCAAUAUAAAAGACAUCACCCUCAGAGAAUCUCGACGAGCAAUAACCGUUCUUGGACAAAAUCCUGUCCUUUUUAGCGGAACGGUGAGGCAAAAUCUUGAUCUGAUGGAGCAAUUUGAAGACGCGGAACUAUGGCGAGCUUUAGAACAGGUGCAGCUGAAAAGUCUUGUAGAGAAUUUGCAGGGUCAGUUGAAUCAUGAAUUAUUGGAGCACGGUGCAAACUUUAGUGUUGGAGAAAGACAACUUAUCUGCUUGGCUCGAGUGCUGUUGCAGCAAAAGAAAAUCGUCAUUUUGGAUGAGCCAACUGCACACGUGGAUCCGGACACAGAACAAACGAUCUGGAAUAUAGUAGACGAGAAAUUGAAAAAUUCUACGGUUAUCACUGUUGCACAUCGUUUGAACACAAUAAGAGACUGCGACAAGAUAUUAGUUUUAAAAAGUGGAGAAGUCGAAUGGUUUGAUAGCUUUGAUGUGCCUGUGAACAGAAAAGGGCGAAUUUUAAGUAAAAUGGAUCAUGUACCCGAGGAAGCCACAUAA